AUGUUCCACGACGGGUUUCAUGAUGCACACUUUUGCAGCGCCGGCGACUUUCUGCACCAACGGGGAGCAGCAAGCCAGACCUCGACCAAUUCCUUUUGGCCCGCGGGAACAAAAGCAGGGAAACGAGCAAGUCGCCUGGGGAGAAGAGACGACGAGGCACGGGAUCACGGUGAGCAGCAGAGGGAGGCGCACACUAGGGCGCGUGGCUGCAAAGUGGCAACGCGCAGCGAGUCAAAUCGUGCAGGCGGCUCACCAACCCCCCUCCCCCUCUCGCGUGAUCCCGUGGACAGACGGCAAAGAGGGAGGACACGAGCGGACGCAAGUCGCUGA